AUGGAUAAUUACUUCUUGGGAGAUUCCCACCAUUCACAUAAGAUUUUCAGUGGAAAUCAUCACAACUACAAGCAGGGCCAAAAAGUUGAGCAACGAACUUUUGUUGAUUUGAGACUUCUUCGCCUUCAUACUGGAAAUGGUGGAAACGGGUGUGUUUCAUUUUUGAGAGAUGCAAAUCGUCCGAUUGGACCACCAGAUGGUGGUGAUGGUGGUGAUGGUGGCAAUAUCUAUGUACAAGUUGUGAACAAUGUCAGUCUGUUGCACAAAAUAAAGAGAAGUUAUAAUGCAGGGAAUGGAAGGCCGGGAACUUCCAGUCAACUCGACGGUAAAAGUGGUGAAGAUAUUAUUCUAGAGAUUCCUGUUGGAACCACCAUGAGAUGGAUCCCGGAUCCUCUCUUGGUGAAAGACCAAUUGCGUGAAUCUGGAGGUGAUAUCUCCAAAAUCAAAAUGGGCGUGAAGAUGACUGAGGCCAGUGACAUACAACUUUUCCGUGGCGACUAUGAACCCGGUGAAGGUUGGAUAUUCAAAGAAAAGGAUGAAGAGUACCACAGGGAAAGGGAUUAUUUUGCUGAACUCAAUGAACAAGUAAAAGACUACGACCGCGAAAUCAUUGCCGAGGAAUUGACUUUCGACCAAUUUCCUGUUCUAGGCUUAGACUUUAACAAACCUACUGAGAAGCCUGUAUUAAUUUUAAGAGGAGGCAAAGGUGGAAUGGGAAAUAUGCAUUUUCUUACGACGAAUGUGCGGAACCCGCGAUUUAGUAAGAAGGGCCGCCAAGGGUUAUGUGAAUACUUCAUUCUCGAGUUGAAGCUCAUUGCCGAUUUGGGUCUUGUGGGUUUGCCCAAUGCAGGGAAACUGAGUUUGUUGAGAGCCAUAUCUAAAGCUAGGCCCAGAGUCGGUCAUUGGGAGUUCACUACACUUCAGCCUACAAUCGGAACUAUAUUUACGACAAUAGACAAGGAUCCUUUUACCGUGGCCGACAUUCCAGGAAUCAUCAAGGGCGCCUCAGAGAACCGAGGAAUGGGCAUGGAUUUUUUGAGGCAUAUUGAACGGAGCGGAGGCUUAGUUUUUGUGGUGUCGUUGGAGUCGGAAAAUCCAGCUCUUGAUUUGCAAACGUUGAUGAACGAGAUCGGGACUAAAAGAAUGAAGGGUAAAAACGUUAUGGUCAUUGGAACAAAGGCAGAUUUGGUUGAGAAUGGGAACUCUUACAAGAAACUCGUCGAGUACGUUAAAAGCCACGAUGCCGCCUGGAAAUGUAUUCCAGUGUGCGCACCUCGUGGAGAGAAUAUUGAUCAGUGUAUUCAGAUGAUGAGUGCUCUUGCUAAAAAGUGA